UAAAACACCACUCCACAAUCAGAAGACAGAGAGUCGAAGUGUACUGGCUGCUGAAGCUGCUCAAAGUUUCGAAAUGAGAGGUGUUCAUGUUCUACCGGUUCUGCUGCUGCUCUGCCAGUUAGGAACAUCUGAAGAUGUGUCCUCUUACGCACAGAAGUCCAACCAACCUGACAUGUGGUCUGAGCUCAAAGAUCUCAGAGACAUAGUGAACAUGCAGAAAGCAGAGCUGGCCAUCACCCGGUCAGACAUACAAGACAUUAAGAGGACCGCGGAGGAGCUGAAAACACACAACUCAGUCAUGGCGUUCAGACUGGCGAGCGUUGAAGUACAGCUUGAGGCAAUGAAUACAGAGAAUACAGACUUAUUGAGCAAACUAACAUCUGCUCAGAGUGACAUCGAAAGACUACAAAAGGAGAACACAGAAAGACCCAAGGUGGCCUUUUCCACAUCUUUAGGAACAACUGGAUCUCAUGGGCCAUUCAACACUGCCACCACUGUGGUCUACAGGCAUGUCUUCUCAAACACUGGCAGCCACUACAACAUAAACACAGGUGUCUUUACAGCACCAGUGAAGGGGCUCUACCACUUCACCUUCACCAUGGGGGAUUUUCUGAAAUCAACUGUUAUGGGCCUAACCUUGUUCAAGAAUGGGGAGGCCAUAAUACAUUCAGGGGAGUCGGGGGACCAUCAAAGGUUUAGGUAUGCAUCCAAUGGAGUCAUAAUACCGCUGGAGAAGGGAGAUGUAGUGUUUAUGCAACUCCCUGAAAACUACAGGAUUUAUGAUGAUUCACAUCAUCGUAACACUUUUAAUGGCAUGCUUCUCUACACAUUGUAAGACAGGUGACUUUUAUUCAAAUGGAGGACAUCAGUAGACAUUUGACAAAGUGUCACACACACACACACACACACACAAACACACACACAGGCCAUUGUCAGUUACAGGACAUGAUGCAAAAAUCACUAAAACCAGUAGGGGGUAGUAAAUACCCACAGAUUCUUUGGGUCUAUUAAGGGAGAUUGAGACAGACAACAAACACAUUCUUGUACUGAUAAUAGUUUGAAUAACCAAUAGGAUAUCACCAUUUCAGGAUAUAGAUAGCUCUGGGCAAGUUAAAAGGAAUCCAAUGUAAUGUUUCUCAAAAUUAUAAUGACACAAUAUUUUAGAAAUUUGAGAUUUGUUAUGUAUUCAUGUAAAACAGACCAUAUUUUUUAAUACUGACCAGCACACUCUGAUUUAUGGUUGAAUUAUUGGUAUAGUACAAUUAGAAAUAGCUUUUAUAUGUAUUGGGAAAAUUCUGAGGUAGUCAUUGUGGACUCAUUGUCACUAUUCAAUGGUCAUGCCCUGUGGGGCCAAUAAAUACAUUUGUGGUGCAGAAAUCAUUAGUAUUUUAAGGAAACAUUGUAUACAUUUAAAUGUAUCCAAUGUGCAACAUGAGGUGAUACAGCUGAUCUAAAAAAACAACGUCCUUCUGUUAAAACCUAUAACCUGCAAUCAGGCCUCUAACUGAAUAGAUAUUUUCUUCUGUCCACACUCAAAAUAAAACAAUAGGUUUUUGCUUCAA